GGAAGUAAACAACAAGGCGCUAGCAUCGUUAGCUUCCAGGUUUUCUUCUGUUUAUCGUCGGUUUUUGCUGUGUGAGCUGAAUAUUUCAGAGUCUGCAGUAACAACAUCUUCGGUUCAUCAUCUGAGAGAAUUGAUCAGAGAGCGACUAACUGCUGCUGCUGGAGAAAUAUUCAGAAACAUCGUUCAUUAGGAGGAAGAGAUCGAUCAUCAGCUCAGACUGCUGGAUAUCAGCUGGAAAACCCAGAUCAGAUCAGAACCUACAGGUCUUCAACAACAUCAUGUCUGUUAUUACCUGGGAGGUUGCUGCUGGUCACUCUCUCAUAACCGUUCUUGAUCAGAAUAUAUCAAACAUUGGAGAAUUAAAAGAGGAACAGGAGGAACCAGAACCACAGCAGAUGACUGAGACAAAAGAGGAACCAGAACCUCAAUCAAUUAAUGAAAAAUCGGUGGAACUGUGCAUGUUUCAGGACUACGGGCAGCUUUUAGUGAAGCAGGAGACCAACACCUCUAUGAUGACUCCUGCUAAUAAUGAAAUAUUCCACAAUGGACCAGAUGUGCAGCAGAUGACUGAGACAAAGGAGGAACCAGAACCUGUACAGAUUAAAGAACAGAAGGAAAGUGAACCAAAGCAAGUGACUGAGAUAAAAGAAGAACCAGAACCUUGGCCAAUUAAAGAAGAACAAGUUAAUCCCUGCUUCUCUCAGGAUGAAGAGCAACUUUUAGUGAAGCAGGAGACUGAUUCCUUUAUUCUGACUCCUACUGAUCAAAAAGACUCCAGUGAACCAGAAACUAUCAAGAAUCAUCUGCUUUGUUCAACCUGCCCUGAAGAUAAAAACCAACAUCAACAAGGAAACACUCAGCAAGACUCUGGAUCAAAUACAGUGAAAGAUCUAAAGCCACAGAGAAGACGCAAAAAACCCAGAAAACAAAGUGAUAAUGUUGGCAACUCAAAACUAAUAGGACAUAAAAAGAAUUUACCCUUAUGUGAAGUAUGUGGCAAAUGUUUCUCUACUCGACAAAUGUUAACCUUGCACAUAAGAACUCAUACAGGUGAGAAGCCUUUCUCAUGUGUGACCUGUGGAAAAGGUUUCAGUAGGAAAUCUUCCCUGACUGAACACAUGAGAACUCACACAGGAGAGAAGCCGUUUUCUUGUGGGAUGUGUGAAAAAACUUAUCGAGAUCGUAGUCAAUUGAUUUGUCACAUGAGAACGCACACAGGAGAGAAGCCCUUUGUUUGCAAAAUAUGUGAUAAAUCUUUCUUCAACCGUAGUAAUUUGCGUUAUCACAUGAGAACUCAUACAGGUGAAAAGCCCUAUUUUUGUAAAGUGUGUGCUAAAUCUUACAUUAACAGUAGUAAUUUGAUUUGUCACAUGAGAACUCACACAGGUGAGAAACCUUUUUCAUGUCUGACCUGUGGAAAAAGUUACCUUAGGAAACAUGACCUGACUGCACACAUGAGAAGUCACACAGGUGAGAAGCCGUAUUCUUGUGAGUUGUGUGAAAAAUCGUAUCGAGACCGUAAUAAUUUGAUUUGGCACAUGAGAACUCACACAGGAGAGAAGCCCUUUGCUUGCAAGAUGUGUGAUAAGUCUUUUGUUAAUAGUACUAAUUUGAGUUAUCACAUUAGAACUCAUAGAGAUGAGAAGCCUUUCUCAUGUGUGACCUGUGGAAAAGGUUUCUAUAGGAAAUCUGCCCUGACUGCACACAUUAGAAUUCACACAGGUGAGAAGCCUUUCUCAUGUCUGACCUGUGGAAAAGGUUUCCCUAUGAGACCUGCCUUGACUGCACACAUGAGAACUCACACAGGUGAAAAGCCAUAUUCGUGUGGGUUAUGUGAAAAAUCUUAUCGACAUCCAAGUUAUUUGAAAUAUCACAUGAGAACUCACACAGGUGAGAAGCCCUAUUUUUGUGAAAUGUGUGAUAAAUCUUACAUUACUAGUAGUGAAUUGAUUUGUCACAUAAGAACUCACACAGGUGAGAAGCCUUUUUCAUGUUUGAUUUGUGGAAAAAGCUUCACUGUGAAACCCUCGCUGACUGUACACAUGAGAACUCACACAGGAGAAAAGCCAUUUGGUUGCAAAAUGUGUGAUAAAUCUUUCAUUAACAGUAGUAGUUUGAUUAGUCACAUGAGAACACAUACAGGUGAGAAGCCUUUCUCAUGUCUGACCUGUGGAAAGGGUUUCACUAGGAAAUCUUCCCUGACUUCACACAUGACAACUCACACAGGUGAGAAGCCGUAUCCUUGUGAUUUGUGUGAAAAAUCUUUCAGAGAUCGUAGUACUUAUAGUAGACACAUGAGAAGCCUUUCUCAUGUCAGACCUGUGGAAGAAAUUCUCCAAACCAUAUAAUUUGACCAUGUGCAUCAGAAUCCAUACAGGCGACAAGCUAUAUUCCUGUGAGCUGUGUGGUAAAUCAAUCACCACCAGAUGUAAACUGACUACAAAUGUUUGUAGUAAAAGUCCUUAGGAUAAUCAACAAACUUUAACCGAAAGAUCUAUUUUUGUUUGACAAGCAGGGGGAAUGUGAACCAUAACCAUUAUGAUUUAUCUACCUAAGAGUAUUUCCUAAUUUUCUGCUUUUUUACCUGUGAACAAGCCAUUACAUACUCUUGUGCUGUAACCUGAGAAAAUUUUACCUGUCUUGGUUCUGUUGGUCUUUCAUGAAUUAUGGAGAUAAAUGACCAUUAAAAGAAAACUUACUUUAAA